UGUACCUUCUUUACCAUAUACUAUUCAGCCAACUGUGAAACAGGGAAGAUACUAACUAAACCAGUCUGUGCAUGAAUGCCAUCUGCUUUGUACAGGGAGGUGGGGACUGUACUCUAAAGGUAGCAGAGUUCACCCAAGACAUCUAUUUAACUCCAUUGGGCAUCUGAGAAUCAGAGUCCAGAUCUACUGUGCUUUUCUGCUGGAACGACGUAUGUAACUCUGAAAGGCCUGUGUGCCUUUUAAAUGGUCACAUGAUCAGCAUAACAGCUCGGCACUGACUUUAAAAUCCUGAACAAUUGAACCGUUAAACGUUGCAAAAUGGUACGGGAACUCGGCUUGACCACUCAGCGGCAAGAGUUCUUGAAGGAAGCCUAUCUGAAAGAGUUUCAAGCAAGAGUGAACUGGUGCAGUAGUUAUGGAAAGGACUUGCAAAUACAGCAAAGGAAGCCCAAGUGCAAGAAAACAUUCAAAUUGCCAGCCAUAACUGACCAGAGCAUCCUGCCCCCUGAUGAAUUAAGAAAGCUAGAUCACAUUCAUCAUCCUGAAAAGGCAAAGCAAGUUGAUGAUAAUGCAACCACCAACAUGGCUGCUGAAAUGAGACCAGCCAGUCCCCGCACACUUGGUCUUCUCUAUUAUGGCACAUCCAGGGAAAAAGAUGGGAGAUACCGCUACCUGCAAGCAAGGUAUCAUAUAAAACCAGAGGAAAAGUAUUCCUAUCCAAUAACAACCAAUUUUACUUAUGGGUGGAAGCUGGGUAACAUGUAUACCAGUCAAUUCCCCUUCUAUGGAUGCUACUGUGUUGUGAAUGAUACAUUCUAUCGGAAGAACGGUAUUUCAUUCGAGAGGAACCCUCUAGACUCGGUCUUGUAGUCUGAAAAUGAUGCCUUUCCAAGACAGACUAUCUGCAAUAAAAAUCUCUGCAUACAG